AUCGGGGGCGGGGCUGCCAGGGGAGGAGGAAGAUGGCGGCUGGGGCGAGGUGAGGUGUUGGCAGUGGAAAGGGGUUCGGGCGCGGGGGGCGGGGGGACGCGGAGCUAUGGCCCGAGCCGGCUGCAGGGGCGGAUAGGAAGACUUCGCGCCGCGGGUGUGGGCAGGAGGGAGGUAAGGGCGCCCGAGCGCCACAAGAGUAUGACGGGGCUGUACGAGCUGGUGUGGCGGGUGCUGCACGCGCUGCUCUGCCUGCACCGCACGCUCACCUCCUGGCUCCGCGUUCGGUUCGGUACCUGGAACUGGAUCUGGCGGCGCUGCUGCCGCGCUGCCUCUGCUGCGGUCCUAGCGCCGCUCGGCUUCACGCUCCGCAAGCCUCCGGCCGUCGGCAAAAACCGCCGUCACCACCGGCACCCGCGCGGGGGUCUGGGCCCGGUCGCCGCCCACCCCCGGCUGCGCUGGCGCGCGGACGGCCGUUCCUUGGAGAAGCUGCCUGUGCACAUGGGCCUGGUGAUCACCGAAGAGGAGCAGGAACCCAGCUUCUCAGACAUCGCGAGCCUAGUGGUGUGGUGUAUGGCCGUGGGCAUCUCCUACAUUAGUGUCUACGACCACCAAGGUAUUUUCAAAAGAAAUAAUUCCAGAUUAAUGGAUGAAAUUUUAAAACAACAGCAGGAACUUCUGGGCCUAGAUUGUUCAAAAUACUCACCAGAGUUUGCGAAUAGUAAUGACAAAGAUGAUCAAGUUUUAAAUUGCCAUUCAGCAGUCAAGGUGCUGUCCCCAGAAGAUGGAAAAGCAGAUAUUGUGAGAGCUGCUCAGGACUUUUGCCAAUUAGUAGCCCAGCAGCAAAAGAGACCCACAGAUUUGGAUGUAGCUAUGUUAGACAGUUUACUUAGUUCACGUGGUUUCCCUGAUCCCGAUUUAGUAUUGAAGUUUGGUCCUGUGGACAGCACAUUAGGCUAUCUUCCCUGGCACAUCAGAUUGACUGAGAUUAUCUCUUUGCCUUCCCACCUGAACAUCAGUUAUGAGGACUUUCUCUCUGCCCUUCGUCAGUAUGCAGCCUGUGAACAGCGUGUGGGAAAGUAGUGGAUCCUUGGUUGUAAAAUCUGAUUUUAGGCUUUGGAGAAAAGGACCCAAGUGACUCUGAUGUUUACAAAGCACCUAUGAAACCCGUAUAUACCUAGUUCAUAAUCAUAAUUUAUCAACAAACACAAAAAAGUGUCUUACUUGAGAGUGAGUGUGUGUGUGCUUGUGUGUGUGCAUGUGUGUAUGUAUGGAAAUGAACUUAUAAAUGGGGGAGUAUUGGAGAAGGAAAUAUAAAGAUCUACAGCCUUGAGCAAAUAGGAUUGUUUUAGGAGCUGACAUUUCAUAUUUAAAAUCUUCAGCCCCAACUACUUCCCUGUUUUUGUGGGGAGAAGAAGGGCUGAUUAGAGCUGUUCUGGUUGUUGUUGGGGGACAGGAAUAAAUUUUGUUCAGUCCUUCUUAGAGACCAAACUUUAAUUUUUAAGACUAAUACAUUGACUUAUUAGACAGAAGCAUUCUGAGUUUGAGGGGGCUCCCGAGGAAUGGAGUUCUGUGUUGCUCAUAUGUUAAAAGUUUGCUCUCACCUUCAGAGCAGAGAGAAUACUUGUGUUCAGACAUCCGUCCAUUUUCAUAUUUUACUUCAUUAUAGUCGAACAAUGUGACUUGAGAAUGUCGUUCUGGUGUCAGUGUUCUGGGUUGUAAGGAUCAUUUGAAAAAGAACUCGUACUAUAUUGAAAUGCAGAAUUUUAGAAAUUUAAAUAUAGAAUUAGUCAAAAAACAUAAAAAAACCCACAAAAAUGAAUAAGAUGUAAUUUUUAAAGUAAAGGUGGAAAAUGUCCUAUAAAAGGAAAGGAUGUUUUCAUUUCCUUUUUUGUUGGGUGGGCAGCAUGGUAUAUAAUACCCAAAGUUGCUUUAACAAAUAUUUUCAUUAGCUAUUUUUAUUUAAAAUAAGCAUUUGAGGGAAGUUACCAUGGCAGCUCUUUUCCUCAAAGUCACCUGUUCCUCUGUGGAAUAGCACAUGUAGGGCCAUGUUCAUACCUGGGAUUUUUACUCAGUAAAUCCUCAUGGUUACUUUGCAUAAAAGAUCAUUAAGUAGGACUGAGGCCUGUGUAGGGAAUAAAAUAUUACCAAAGUCUAUAAAAAUAAUUUUACAUGUUCUCUUUUAUGACAGAGAACAGCACUGGUUCUGUUAUUUUUUUAAAUGAAUAAAUGAUUUCUUGGUAUGUGUUUAAUAUUUCUUCUCUCACUGCUGAUUUUUGGGUAGAAACCAUUCUUUAUAUUUUGUAGAUUGUUUUUGGAAAACUCUUGUCAGCAAGCGUAUGAUAGAUCUAAAAUUACACGUUUAGAAUGGAGUAGUUCAAAUACCAGAUUUUUCAAGAAGUCCGAAAGCAAAGAAGGCUGGAUUUGGAAAGCAUGUUCUAGAAUUGCUUGUGAAAUUCUGAAGCUAUGAAGAGUAAAUGUUUCAACUUUGGAUUAUAAAACCCCAUUUAUGAUUUUAAAAAUACAUUUGAAAUAAAAAUGAUUGAAU